AUGCCCAUCCUUCUCAGCAAUGACGGCCCGCUGCUAUCGACAGUCCUUGCUCUAAGCGCUGCCGAAUGGGAUCGCAGAGGCGCUCACGACGGAGUCGAUUAUGGCAACAGCGCCAUCCGAUACAAGGGGAGGGCUCUGAGCCAGCUCAGGUCCAGCAUCAUGGCGGAGACCAAUGCCGAGGAAAAUGUUUUGACGUGUGUGCUUCAGGCUUCAUUGGAGAUCUCGGCAGGUUCUGGGCCGGACUGGCUGCUUCAUCUCCGCGGAGCAUUGGCGAUCAUGGAGAACCAUCCUGGUUGUGUCAGCGCCAAUUGUGCAGCUUUAGCUCUGCAAUACUUCCGAUUCCGAUACAUCUUGAUGAAGACGACGGAAAACAGAGAGCCUGGUCGGAAUGAUGCAAAAACAAAUUGCCCCAAGUCAGAUCAGUGCGGCAAUGCAAUCGAAGCCCUCAACAGAAUCUCCCUGAAGCCAGAGAGCCGACAAACUGUUCAUCCCCAGACUGGCUGCUCGACUGAACUGGUGGAGCUGAUCAACUUGAUCAGUUUGACGGCGAUCAACGAUCAACAGCCGUCAACAGCAUCCGAAGAUGGCCCAUCUCUGGAGAAACGCAUUCGGGAGUUGGAGUUCCACGCAACGGAAGAUUAUCUCUUGAAAAGCGCGGAAUGCUUCAGACUCGCCACGCUGAUAUACUUACACCUCAAGGUGUACCACGCUCCGAUUCGGUUUCCGUCAAUGUCGACCUUGCUGCAGCCGUUGAUAGAUUGUCUCGCAGAGGUCAUCCGCGAAGAUCUGCCGCGGCGGUCAUUCCCGAUGUGGCCGCUGUUCAUCGCGGGGUGCACCAGCUGUAUCGACGAGCAUCGCAAAGCUGUGCUCGAUAUGCUGAAUCUGCUCGACGACAAGUGGCCCAUCAGCAACAUCUCCACCGUCACAGAAGUCAUGGCGACAAUCUACAACUUCCGGGACCUCAACGACGGUUUGGCUGCAACUGUGCAACAUGACUGGCAGCAUAUCAUUGGCAAGUUCGGAUGGAAGCUGUCUCUGUCGUGA